AUGAGUGCUGUAGGACCCCAGCUGCUCUUAGCACAGGGACUUACCUACAAAGCCUCAGAAUUUAGUGUGACGUUGGGCGUGAGGGCGAGCACACCUCUCUGUCCUCGUUCAAGUGGUGUCUUUCCAAAUCCUGUUUAUGGAGUUUUCUUUGGGUACAUAUGCUUCGGACCUCUCGAAUGUGCUGCACCGUGGUUCUUUGCAAGUGCAAGACUUCUUACGGAGCUCUCGGGUGUAAUAUUGGUCGCUCAGUCUACCCUUCGACAGGUUCUACACGGAUACAAUGUCUCAGUCAGGAGCUACGGAAUCCAGAGGCGUUCGAAGCUGGCGGCAAUGGGCGAAGGACGAACUCUCGCUGAACAAGGCUUUAUUGCCCAUCAAGUUAAUCCUCUUCCUUUACUCUGGAGGAAAGUUAUUGCUUAA